AAGAAAACAGGUAUAGAAAAAGGGAUAAAGGAGGGGACGAGGAAAACGGGUCCGAGGUUUUUCCCGCCCUUACCGGGACAUCCGGAGGGGUGGCCUUUUCCCGCCCCAUCCUCAGUCUUGAGGAAACGAAACAGCCAUCGGCGAGACCGCCUCCCCCCACUCCCCGUGCCACCUCCUUCCUCGACCACGGCGUUUUCCCUGUGCCGCCGCCGGUGUGCAUGAAGAGCCUCGGGAUGGAGCAGUCGCUGCCACCCUACGAGGUGCUGCCCGCGGGGGUGAACAUGGACGAGCUGCCCCGGACGAGCACGACGGUGACGGUGGAGCAGGAGCAGCUGCCCCCCCGAGACCACCUGGUCUGGUCCCUCUUCACCACCCUGUACGGCAACAUCUGCUGCCUCGGGUUCCUGGCGUUCUUCUUCUCCGUCAAGUCCAGGGACCGCAAAGUGCUGGGUGACCACAGCGGGGCCCUGAGCUACGGCUCCACGGCCAAGUGCCUGAACAUCACGGCCCUGGUGCUCAACCUCACCGCCAUCAUCAUCACCAUCAUCGUCGUCGCCGUGGUGCUCAGCACCGCAACCCCAAACUACGGCCACGGCUAGCCCGCUUAGCACCUCCUUGCUCCAGCGGCAGCGAGUUCCCCCAGUGCCUGCCAGGAGCUCCACUCACCCCCCCAGCGCCAGGGGGUGCCCCUGGGGCCCGCCGGGGUCCUGUCCUGCUUUCCUCGCUGCCCAGAGCUGUUGUUGAGCCCUUGCUGAUGCUGGAAGUGCCUGGGGACGGACGUCCUUCCUCGGGUGGGAGCUGAGCACCCCCAAAACGGCUGUGACCUGCUUGCUGCUUUGCUCUGGGUUCGGAGCCCCAGCUGACCCGAAACAGUCCCCGUUCUCACUUUGUUUGGAGAAAACCUGGUUCAAAUAAAGAUUUCUUUCACUUUU